AAAGAAAAUAAGAAUGAAAGAAAAAAGAGAAAGAAAAGAAAGAAAGAAAGAAAAAAAGGAUGAGAGGAAGAAAGGAAGGAAAGAAGGAAGGAAGGAAGGAAAAAAUGAAGGAAGGAAGAAAGAGAGAGAGAAAGAAAGAAAGAAAAUGAAAGAAAGAAAAUAAGAAUGAGAGAAAGAAAAAUAACAAACCAACAUACGAGCUAACAAACCACUAAUCUUUUACUUCCAUACCCAGAAUUUCGCGCCCUGCCCCAUCAUCAACCAACAAACAAACAAACAUAAAAAACAGAAGAAUGACGACGAGGACCAACGCACGCACGCACACAAACGCACGCUCCCCAAAAGAGUGUGGGGUUUGCGGGGCGCCUGCGAGGGGGGUGCACUUCGGCGGGGUUAGCUGCGACCCCUGCAAAGCCUUCUUCAGACGUAGUGUACAGAGCGGUAUGUGGCAGGCCUUCCAUUGCUCCUUCGUAACCCCCACCACUAACAGGAACAACAACAACAACAACAGCAAGGAUAACAAGCGAGGAACACACAACUACCGCUCAUGUCAGGCUUGCAGGUUCAGGCGGUGUCGUGAGAUCGGCAUGAACCUUUCUCUGGUGAUGGGGGAGGAGGAUCGGAAGGCCUUGAUGGCACGGAGACUUGAGGUGCGAAGGAGGCAGAUGCUACUCCUGCAGAAUGGACGCCAACCGGAGAGAGAGGAGGAGGAAGAGGAAGAGGAGGAGGAGGAGGAAUCGCGGGUGAAUGAUAAGGCUGAGAAGAGGAGAGGAGGAGAGGAGGAAGUGAGAAGAGGAGGAGAAAGAGUGGAAGAAGUAAGAGGAGGAAUAACGGGAAUAGGAACAGGAAUGGGAGGAGAUCAGGAACGCCAAGUAGGAAUAGGAAUAUAUGAAAAAGGAGAGGAGACUGGGAGAGGAGAAAGAAGAGAAUGCAACAUAGGAAUAGGAGGAGGAGGAGGAGGAAUACAAGAAGUCGAAGGAGGUUUAGGAGGAGAGGGAAAGUGGGAGGAAUAUGAGAUUACGAAGGAGGAGGAGGAGGAGGAGGAGGAGGAGGAGAGAAAAAUGGAUAUCAGCGAAGUCGAUGUUCCAACACUCUCCCCGCAAGACACCACCACUAUCAGCGUCCUGUGCCGGCUGCUGAGGACGUCCCUGGCCCUUCCGGAGUUCCUGCAGGAGGGAGAGCACGGGGCCGCCGCUUCCUUCGCCGCGGGGGCAUGGCACGCGGCGACAGGGGCGGGUCAGGGGCUCGAACGGCUGAUCUUCGCUCUCUGUAAAGGCCUUGGACGCUUCUAUAGUCACUCCAUGACGUACCAAAGCCUAGGGAGCCGGCAGAAGGGCGAGGUGCUGAAGGACGCCGUGGCCCGGGGCGCGGUGCUGUACGCCGCCCACCAGUACCAGGCGGAGGGGGAGUGCUGGCCACGCUACGUCCUGUCGCCCGCCUGCAGGUUCCCCCGCGUGGCCCUGGCGGAGCUGCUGGCCUCCCUCCCCGCCGCCUGCGACCACCCCGCCCUGGCCACCUUUAUGAGGAAGUGCUGCGCCUUCUUCGCCGACGAGGUCAUCACCGUGCUGGGCCUGAUGGCGGCGCUGGGCGACGCUCACCUCUGCCGGGGACGGGACGGAGGCUGCGGCGCGCUGAAGCCUGACCCUGAACCUGCGAGCUGCGACCCACUGAAGCAGGAAGACCACGGAGAGGAGGAGGGGGACGAGGAGGCGUGGCGGCAGCGGCGGGGCUACCUGGAGCUGGCGCGGCGGUACGUGGCGCAGCGGUACAGGGACGCCGCCGCGGCGGCCUCCGUCGUGGAGGAGCUCGACGCGUGUCUGCGGGAGGCGGGUGACCUGGCCGCCAGCCUCACCGCUGCCCCGGCCGCUGAGGAUAACACUUUCAUGCCCCCUGCCCCCCGUGACGCCCGCCACGCUACGCACGCCCCCGUGAAGUCGGAGUGGCCCCGUGGGUCGGUGGGCGGCGGGACGGGUCUUGUGUGGCGGUGCGAAGCGGAGAGAGGCCAGGCAGACGUGACCUUAGCGGCGGCGGCGGGGGGCUGCCACGACCCCAGCGGUCUACUCCCCCCGCCCCCCACAGAGGACCCCCGUGCGUACCCCGCCGCGCCCCCGCUGCCGCCCAGCACACAGCAAGGCGUCCAGCGGGCCUCGGUAUGCCCGCCGAUGGUCACGGUUCAUUCCUUUCCCUGCACCCCACGCCACCACGGCACACACACACAGGACGUCACGGGCCCACCACGCGGCGGCUCCGGCACGGGGGAACGAUCCUGACACACACACGCUUCUCCCUCCCGCCGUGCUCGCAGACUUGGAGUAAACGAAAUAUUCAGUAACGAAAUGAUGACUAACAAUGGAAUAAUGAAUGUAACGAUGAAUUAUAUGAUGAAUGACAAGAUACUGACAAGAUAUAUAUAUUUUUUUUUACAACAAAGGAGACAGCUCAAGGGCACAAAAAAAGGAAACAAUAAUAAAAAAAGCCCGCUAUUCGCUGCUCCUAAAUGAUGAAAUGUAUGAUAUAAUGAAAGAUAAUGAAAAAAAACAAUGUUACGAUGAAUUUUGUGAUUAAUCGUAUGAUGAAUG